UUGCUUUACUUCUAUUUUCCACACACUCAGGCAAAGGAUGGAGGGUAUGAAAAUGAAAGUUUCUACCCAAACGUAGAGCUAAUCUUCCUGGAAAUGCCCAACAUUCAUGUGAUCAGGGAGUCCCUGAGGAAGUUGAAGGAUGUGGUUUAUCCAACAACUGAUGAACCCCACUGGCAUUCUGCCAUAGACCAGACCCACUGGCUGGAGUACAUACGGCUCUUACUAGCAGGAGCAACAAAGAUGGCGUACAGGCUGGAGUGUGGGAAGACGUCGGUGGUGGUGCACUGCAGUGAUGGCUGGGACAGAACCGCCCAGCUGACCUCCCUGUCCAUGCUCAUGCUGGACAGCCACUACCGAACACUCAGAGGCUUCCAGGUUCUGGUGGAGAAGGAGUGGAUCAGCUUUGGACACAAGUUCUCUGCACGUGUGGGUCACGGCGAUGAGAACCACGCUAACUCGGAGCGCUCGCCUCUCUUUGUGCAGUUCAUCGACUGUGUUUGGCAGAUGACCCAGCAGUUCCCAGCAGCCUUUGAGUUCAACGAGCUGUUUCUGAUCACCGUACUGGACCACCUGUACAGCUGUCUCUUUGGAACUUUCCUCUGCAACAGCGAGCAGGAGCGGGCAGCCAAGGAGGUCCAGACCAAGACUGUGUCCCUGUGGUCAUACGUUAACAGCCAAACGGAGGACUUCACCAACCCUUUCUACAUGAACUAUGAGGACCACGUCCUGUACCCGCUGGCCUCGUCCAGACACCUGGAGCUGUGGACCACCUACUACGCCCGCUGGAGCCCCUGCAUGAGACCUCAGGUGCCCGUGCACCAGGCCCUGAAGGAGCUGCUGCUCCUCAGAGCAGAGCUGCAGCGGAAGGUGGAGGAGCUACACAGAGAGACCUCCUCACACUCCCCCUUUCUCUCCUCUGAACAUUCCUCCUCCCCCUCCCACGCCACCGGCUCACCGCUGCACGCCGCCAUCUGACCAGAGCCCCUCCACUGCCCUCCACUCUGUGAAAGAAUAUCUAGUGCCGUAAAUGUAUUUGAAAAGUGUCGACUUCCUCUCAGAGCUUACGAUGACUGUUUCUUACUUGUGAAUAAUCUUUCUUACCGCAUAAUGACCGGCUCCAGACUGGCGUUUGAUACUUUUCCACGGUUGAUGGAAAUGAUAGCUGAUAUAUUUCCUCCUAAAUAUGCUGUUAACUUACACCGAAUGCUGAAAAUGAGCAGAAACUGAGCAGAGACUCUGUUUUGUAGAGGGGAUCGCACCUGUUUUCUUCUCACUUCCAUCAUUUUAAUAUGCAAGCAGUGAAGGUUGUGCUUAGCUCCUCGUGCACUCUUUUUGCAUCUUGGUUUAUUUUUGGUGUCAUUAAUUGCAACAGGUUGAUAUCCCAUUUAUGCCUUGUGUUGUUCUUUAUGUGUUUAAAAAAAAAAAAGAAAUUAAUAUAAAACUACUUUUGAAACCUGUUCAGAAACAAUACAUUUUGAGUUUUUUUUCCAGUUGGAACAUGUGUUCAUAGCCUCCAUUUUUUCCUUGUUUCUUCAGAAGUGUGUGUUCACAUGAACUGGAACAUCUUUCAUUACUGCCCCCCCUCACUGGAGUCUUCAUUUGCAGUGGGUUUCAGAGAAAGAAUGAAUGGUGUUUCAGUCAAACCGAUCACUUUGUCUUGAGCAUGGUCUGGUCCUAUUUAACCCACUUGUUGUUGAAUUGUUGAUUUAACAGUGAAACAUAGCACAUGCAUGGCAUGGUACUCAGAUUUUAAUGACAUUUUAAGGCAUGAAAGUGCUUCUGGUCUCAGGGCUCCGUUUAAUAACUGCUCACGAGGAAUAACUGCCGUUACCCAAACUUUUUCAAUAAAACAACUAUGCCUCCUCUUUACCCCUCUUCAUUCCACACAUAUGAUCCCUCUGUACUGAUUGUUGGGUUUCUGGAAAUAAAAUCUAUCAAAAGACAAAAACUUUUAAAAAGUAUGAGAUUAUAUUGUUCAGUUUUUUCAUAUAUAUUACUUUUUGCUGGUCGUAAAUGU